AUGGAUCUGAACAUUGCACAUGAUGUGGAUCAACCUCUUCAGGGAGAGACAACCAGUGCAGAACACAUCUCUACUUCUUUAACCCUGCCUUGCCCCAGCCCAGCGCUGAAGCAGGGUCUUGCAGCCGGCUUCAAACGAGUGUGUCGGACAGAAGAGGAAAGUCCAUGCCCAUUUCCAGGUGUGCUUCCUGGUGUGCUGGAGAUGCGAGUAAAAGAGGGCAGCAAGAUACGUAACUUAAUGGGAUUCGCCAUGGCACGGAUGCAGAGUGAGCCAGGAAACAGCAAACAGGUUGGUCUCAAACAGGUGGUGUUCACUGGCUCGGGACGAGCAGUCACCAAAACCAUUACCUGUGUUGAGAUAAUGAAAAGGAAAGUAGGUGGACUUCACCAGUUAACCAAACUGCGCUAUAAAGACAUCCAGGAAGUAUGGGAGAGUCAGGAGGAAGGUAGUUCCAAUAUGACAAUCCACAGGACAGUACCCUCUAUUAGUAUCCUUUUGUCCAAGGACCCUUUGGACUCACACGAGCCAGGAUAUCAGCCCCCUGAGACUCUUUGGAAUGAUGGACAAGUUAGUGAUGUUGCACAGCCCACAAGAAAAAGGCACUUUGAUCACAUUGUCAUGCCAACUGAAACACAGUCCAAACGACUCUGCCCUCAAGAUGGAAUCUUGAAUCGAUAACUUGUACAUGCUGGUAAAUGAGAAGCACUUUCUGAAAUUGUAGAAAAUAUUUUACAGAAGGCAGCCAGGUAGUGUAUGUACACGGGUAGUUAUUUUGCUGUAGGAGCAGAGAUGCUUUUAAGGUAAUUGUAGUGGUUUAUCUCAAGUCAUGAAAUGAACAGACACAAGUGUA